AUAAAUUAUGUGGUUAUGUAAAUGAAAUGAAUAUUCGAAAACUUUUAAAUUCAAAUAUAACAAUUCCAAUCAUAUUAAAAGUUAAUCAAUCAGGUUUUAAUGUUCCUUCUGAUAUUUCAAAACCUUUAAUAAUGAUUGGUCCUGGUACAGGAGUAGCUCCAUUUAUUGGAUUUCUUCAACAUAGAGAAUUACAAAUUUUAUUAGAAAAGGAAACAAAUAAUAAUAAUAAAAUUUUAGGUGAUAUGUGGUUAUUUUAUGGAUGUAGAGAUAAAGAAAAAGAUUUUCUAUAUCGUAAGGAGUUGGAAGGUUUUGUAGAACGUGGAAUUUUAAAAGAAUUAUUUGUUGCUAUAAGUCGUUCUCCUGGUGCUGGAAUAAAUGGAAAACCAAAAUAUGUUCAAGACCUUAUGAAAAUUCAAGGUCGAAAUAUUUUUGAAUUAAUAACUAAAAAAGAUUUUAUGAUUUUUGUAUGUGGUGACGCCAAAGGCAUGUCAAAAGGUGUGAACGAUGCUUUGGCUGAUAUUCUUGUUGAACAUGGUCAAAUGCAACGAUCAGAGGCAUUAGAUUUAUUAAAGAAAUGGAUCAAAGAAAAACGAUAUUUACGUGACUUG